GUCAUAUCUUUUUGGCACCCCCAUCAGCCCAUCAACAAUGGCCGUAAAUUAGUGAAAAAGGGCUUAGCUGUUCAGCAACAAAAAGUCAAAGGAUAUGAAUGGAUAGAAAUGGGAGUGAGAGGAGAAGAAGUUGGGAUCCACGCAGAGAAAGAAGAGAGAAUGGCUGAAUCUCUGAUGAGAACAGGAAAGCAAAGGUUGAUCUGGAACCACAGAGCGCACUUUGCCCCUAAUCUGGAUCAUUUCACUCACAGUAUUGAAGUUGAUCCAUCAAGAUGCAACACAACUGGACCACAUGCUCUCUUAUAUCCAGAUGUUGACUACCCAACAGACGAACAUAGUACUUUACAACCUCCUCACGAACCAGCAAUAUCCAGGGAGGGGCCGGAGGUUUUUAGACUACAAGGAGAAGGAGAAAUAUCAACAAAGAGAGACUCUGAUUCCAAGUCAGUUAACCAGGACUCCAGGAGAAAUUCCUACAGCCAGUCUGGACACAUGGAGACUUCUCCAGAGGCUUGGGGUUGCUCCAAAAAUCUGAGGUCACCUGGGUUACGAAGGAGGAGGCCAAUCAGUAAUCCUCAGGGCUCCUCUUAUCAGACAUCUAGGCAGUUCUUCCAAGGCUCAGAACAGGCUUGGUCUGAUUCAAACAGUUACUCUCUCCCCAACUCAAACAGUGACCUGAAGAGAAACUCUCUUCCUCCUGGCUCAGAUUCACACCGGGUGCUAAAGCUGGGCUCCCUGAAGCCAUGGAACAUGAAUGAUAGAGUCUCUCCAGACCCCCAAACAUUGUCUGAAUCUGAGCUUCCUGAUCUUAACUUCUGUAAGAGAGUGAAAACCCAAAGGAGUGCAUCCAUUCCUAACAUUAUCAUUAAAGGAGGCCAUGGACUUCGUGUGGACUCAAGUAGUCUGCACACGUUACCUCAAGCAGUUGAUGUGCCUUUCCCCAUCUCAAGACAUAACCCAGCCGGACACCACUCGCCUCUGGAGGGUCUUUUGGAAAGAGCCAAAGAGAGAGAUGGAUUCAAAAGAGACAGAAAUUUGAAAAUGGACAAUUUAAAGUCGACGUAUCCUCCUCCUUCCCCUUUGUUUUCCACCACACCAUCACCAUCACCCAGUGAUGGAAACAGAGACACAGACUGUGAGGAGGAGGUGGAGCUGAUGAGACACAGAGCCCUCACAGUGAGUAAAGGAUGGAAGGAGCACCUGGUGGACGGAUAUGAAGAUGACAAGAAGAACAGUGACUUUACAGACGGAGUAAAUGUGGACUGGCCUGGUUGGUGCUUUGAUGAUAAGGAAGUCAUGGAUUAUUUACGACCUGGAGGCGAAGGGUUUAUGGAGAGCAUCAGCCAAUCUUUGGCUUUCUGGGAUAUCCACGGACGUUCAGAGCAAGAGGACGGGGAGUAUAGUCAGGUGUAGCUCUGACGCUGCACCUCAGAGCCCUGUAGUCACUCCAAAGCCAUCAUGCAAACUCAAAAUUCAGUCUGUGAAUGUGAACUACUCUGAGAAAAAUUAACAAUGACAGUAGGAUUUUUUUAAAUGGAAGCUGAAGCGCACAAAAGAGGAAAACAAGCAUCUUUCCAGCAGACAAAUGUCUUCAGUCUGAAUUUAUGGCCAUUCAUUAAUCU